AUGGCCAUGGCUCAGGAACGACCUCUUCGCAUUCUCACUCUUCUUACUAGCGCUCUCGCACUACCUCUUCUCAUUGCCACGACAGUCAUAUCCCUAGAGUCCCCAUACUGGUAUAGCCAUCGCGAUGUAACAGCGUUUUGCUUUGGUUAUAUUCCACUCGCCAUGACCGCCGUUGCGUCUACCGUGAGCAUGGUUCAUCAACGAAGGCGUGGUACCGUACCAGGACCCAGGUUCAGUAUUCUAGACGGGUUGGCUUGUAUCAUGUAUUUUGCGAUACUCAUUCCGAUCUGGGCAGUCGAGGUUGGCGACCUGGGCGCACCAGGAUAUGGCUUGUUAGCUGGAUACACAACUUCUCCCAUGAUCGUCAACAUGUUCGUUCACUCUUACUUCUUCGCCUACAACGCCCGAUCGAUAUGGUCUUCGUUCGCUGCUCCACAGGUGCAUGAAUGUCCUAACUGCCACAACAACUUCACAGUAGGCGUCCCGCAGAUCAAGGAGACGAGCAAGAGUGGAGAGCGGUACAGUCUACUGCGUGGGGAGGACUACCUUGAUACUGAUGCCGACGCGGAGCACUACAUCGAUACAAGCGCUAGGCCUUCCGAGGAGCAGCUACGCCCCGAGUGUGACGACAAGGGUGAAGGUGAAGGGAAAUCCAUCAUCGAUGUAUGA